GCUUUAUAGCACUGCAUCCGAUGCUUUGCAUUGCAUUUGGUGAUGAAAGGCUUGGAUGUAGCUGCUCGGCCAUGGAAACACAUUUCAUGAAGCUCUCUAUGCACUAUUGUUGUGCUAAUCUGAAAGCCACAUGAAGUUUGGAGGUCUUGAGCUAUUGACUCUGCAUACAGUUGGCCACUACUGCACACUGUGCGCUUCAGCAUGCUCUGACCACGCUCUGUCAUCUUACGUGGCCUACCACUUGGUGGCUGAGUUGCUGUUGUUCCCAGUUGCUUCCACUUUGUUAUAAUACCACUAACAGUUGACCGUGGAAUAUUUAGUAGCAAGGAAAUGUUACAGAUGGACUUAUUGCACAGCCUUACACAAAUGUUUGUAGAAGCAGCCUGCAU